UUGCCGGUUAGAGAAGCUACCUACCUCAAAAAUAGUAUCAAUUACGGCAGUCAGUUGUGACCACUAUCAUUAGUAUACGCACGUUGUGUAGUAAUUUUAACUAGUGUGACAUAACAUUUUAUAGCAUGUUACCCGAAUGACACGCAACGUUCUCAAUAUUGCUGCAGGCGUGAGAUCGAAUCUGACCCCGGAACUGCGUAUUUCAGUUUGUAGGUACGCCUCAACAAAAUCCGCAUCGAAUGCGGGAAAAUCAACAACCCAUCCGCUGGAGCUAUUUUGACGGUACGGAUGGCUCGUUUCUGCAGUCACAGGCUCAAGGCAAACAACUGGCAGUCAGGUUUUUUUAAGACGUUGAUUUUCUGUUAACUGAUAACCUUUUAACUGUUUCUUUUUUCUUUAUUCGCCGCGAGGAUAUAUCGGGUUCCUAUCUUGAAGAAGGAUGACACGUUGGCUAGCAGUAAUAUAAAAGCAUAGCUUUAUGUCACUGUUAAUCGGCAUAGAACAUCAUCCUGAAGAAAACAUGGAAUGCCAAACAGCUGCAGAAGUCGACACCUCAGAACAAGUUUACCCACCCACCCCGCCGUUGUACAGUAUCAGCAACAUUGUCGCCCAAUUAUGCAACUAUUUUGCUUUGCACCCGAUUCACCACAAUUCGUUAGGCGCAGUUCAAUAGAGGGGGGAUGUGAUCGUGCGCUUUCUAGGCUUGCCGACGCACCAUCGAAGAGAAACUGUCACAAUUUUCCUUCUACCUUUCGGUUGUCCGGGGUUGUCUUGUAGUAGGUCCGUACGGUUCGAGUUUGUUGUGCUUUUAGCGGAAAUCAGACCCGCCUGACAGUUUCAUUUUGUUCGUCGCCUCGUCAAGAUGACCGUGUCCUACGGAGUAGAGAAGUGCCCGGAACAGUUCGAUGAGUAUCGGUGUACUCUUUCGGAAAAGUACCGUCAGAUAGCGAAAGAGCAACUUCGGGAGGAUGACACUCUGCGGGAACAGGCUCUGGAGGCGAUGAGAGCGUGGAUUGCGAAACAUCCGUACAUACGCCGAUGUCGAACGGAUGCACUGUUCCUUCUGCGGUUUCUUCGCCAGCGGAAGUUCUCUAUUCCGUCGGCUUGUGAAACAUUGGAGCGAUAUCUUGCGAUGAGACAAACAUUUCCCCACUGGUUCCAGAAUCUCAACCCGUUCCAGAAGGACAUGGAGGAACUCAGGGAUAACGACGUCUUCCAGGGGCUUGGUUUCGAUGAGAAAGGACGCGUGUUGAUUUUGAUUAAAUCGAAAAACUUCGACGUAGAAAAGUUCAACCUGGUGCAUUUGAUCCGGUAUAUGCACAUGUACCUGGAGAUUUUAUCCUGCGAUGAACGAAUCCAGGUGGCCGGGAUAGUGCUGAUAGUGGACUGCUUCGACACCACGAUGGGCCACUUUACGCUGUUCAAUCUGUCCGAUAUGAAGAAUAUGAUGCCGUACAUCAAUCAUCUGCUUCCGGUGCGGUGCAGGGAGAUCCACGUCAUUCGUUUGCCUAAAAUGAGUGUCACCCUGGUAGAUAUCCUGUUUACGUUCAUCAGUCCCAAGCUGAAGCAUCGGUUCUUCUUCCACAAAACGCUGAUAGAUGCUCGGAAACACCUGGACAAAUCGUUGCUACCCGGGGAAUACAGCGGAACGAACGAUUCAUCGGAGCUGUCUGUCAACAUGCACAAAAAAGUUCGAGAUUCCCACGACGAACUGAGCCUGCUCGACCAGAUGGAGAUCGAUGUCAGCAAGUAUACGGCCAUAUGGAACCAGAACCAUCUUGCCGCGGGGGGCUGUGGCAAAGCUAGUGAAAUCGAAAGCGGCAUGGUGGGUAGCUUUAGGAAGCUCAACAUUGACUAAAUUACCUCCGGUGGCGUCCGGUUUAGCUAUAACGGUGUGACAAGGUUAUGUAAGGAUGUAGUUUAGAGGCGCGUUGGAUCUUCGUUGACGACAGCGCGUGCCGUUGAAUUUGCCUGUUCAUUAUUCAGAAACAUUUGCCAAAAACGAGCUUUCCCUUCCAAAAAACUAAAACGUUUUGCUGAUUAUCAUACGUUCCCUGCUGGAACGCGGCGCGGUGGUGUGUUAAACGAUCGCGAGAGAACGGAUUCGUAAUCCACAUACGAGAAACGACACUAUUGAAUAGUGUGCCGAUCCAGCAAGACGAUGACAUAUAAUUCGUGUGAGUGUGCGUGGCUGUAUCUACUUUAUUCCCCACCCAAUUCAUCUAUAAAAAGCGCAUAAUUUAAAACAUUAACGUAAAUAUUUUGAUAAUAUACGAGUAAGCUAGAUGUAACCGUUUAAAAUAAAAGAACGUAUGAAUAUGAUUAUUGAAAAAA